AUGGCAUUCACUGCCUUUACUUCAAUCACCAGAACUCAUCAUGGCACCUUGAUGUUUCCACCGAAACAGCAUGACCAGAACCUUCGAAUUCACAGGUUUCGAUGCAAUGGAACUAACCCGAAUAAAGAGUCACAAUCACAGAACAAUGCACUUCUAAAACUUGCAUGGUAUAGUUCUGAGCUUCUUGGCGUUGCAGCCUCCGUUUUCCGUUCACCACCUAACGAGGAAGCUCCUCCUCAGCGGCUUCUUCAGACCAUUCAUCGUGCUGCAGUUGUGGAGACCAUCAAAGAAGACUUUCAAAGAUCCUAUUUUGUCACAGGAGAUCUGACAUUAAAUGCUUAUGAAGAGGAUUGUGAAUUUGCGGAUCCAGCAGGCUCAUUUAAAGGCCUUCAGCGUUUCAAAAGGAACUGCACUAAUUUUGGAUCCCUUCUGGAGAAGUCAAACAUGAAGCUUAUGAAGUGGGAAGAUUUUGAAGAUAAAGGAAUUGGCCAUUGGCGAUUCAGCUGUAUCUUGUCCUUUCCUUGGAGGCCCAUUCUUUCUGCAACUGGAUACACGGAAUACUAUUUUGAUGCACAAUCCGGAAAAGUAUGCAGGCAUGUGGAGCACUGGAAUGUUCCCAAAAAGGCAUUGUUCAAGCAAAUUCUAAGGCCUAGCCCUGGAUUUGGCUUAAAAGAUUAUGUAAAUAGGUGGUUGAAAAUGGUGCAGAUGAAGCUUUAA